AAUAGCUCACCCUCACGUUAAGAUGGGCAUGUUAAUGGCGUACAGAUCAAUUGUGUUCAAUAUUUUUGAUGGUAAAUUUAAAGCAAUAAUUUAAUACGAUGUGAUGUGUUAAGUGGAAGAUUGUAACAAUAAUCAAGAUGUCGAAGAGUGGUAAGAGAAAGCAUAUUGUGCAUUGGUUUCGAAAAGGACUUCGCUUACAUGACAAUCCAGCGCUUCGCGAGGCGCUGAAAGGGGCCUCAACCUAUCGCUGUGUUUACAUACUAGACCCAUGGUUUGCAGGCUCCUCGCAGGUUGGAAUUAACAAAUGGAGGUUUUUGCUGCAGUGUUUAGAAGAUCUAGAUACUUCUCUUCGUAAAUUGAAUUCCAGGUUAUUUGUUUUAAGAGGACAGCCAACUGACUUGUUCCCUAAAAUAUUUAAGGAAUGGAAUAUUACGACGCUUUCCUUCGAGGAAGACCCCGAGCCAUUUGGAAAGGAACGAGACAGUGCCAUUCAGAUGUUGGCUAAAGAUGCAGGAGUCGAUGUCAUCAUAAGGACAUCUCAUACUCUCUAUGACCUUCAAAAAAUAAUCUCGGUAAAUGGAGACACCCCACCUCUAACGUACAAGCGUUUCCAGUCAGUAUUGUCCAAAAUGGACCCACCCAAAGAACCGGAGGAAACGAUCAACACUGCUAUUUUAGAGAAGACAAAAACUCCACUGUCUGAAGACCAUGAUGACAAAUACGGGGUACCUACGUUAGAAGAAUUAGGGUUUGACACAGAGGGGUUAGGUCCUGCGGUGUUUUGUGGUGGAGAGGCGGAGGCUUUAACAAGGCUUGAAAGGCACCUCGAACGAAAGGCCUGGGUGGCGAGCUUUGAGCGACCUAAGAUGUCCCAGCAGUCCCUGUUUCCUAGUCAAAACGUACUUAGUCCCUACCUGAGAUUUGGUUGUCUGUCUGCUCGUCUGUUUUACUGGAAACUCAGAGAGUUAUACAGAAAGGUGAAGAAGAGGAAGGACCCUCCGUUGUCUCUACACGGCCAGUUGUUAUGGAGAGAGUUCUUCUACACGGUGGCCACAAAUAAUCCCAACUUUGACCGAAUGAAAGAUAAUCCAUUGUGUGUACAAAUCCCCUGGGAUAAGAAUCCAGGAGCAUUAGCGAAAUGGGCGGAGGGCAAAACAGGGUUUCCUUGGAUUGAUGCUAUAAUGAUGCAGCUGAAACAGACCGGGUGGAUCCAUAAUUUAGCCCGGCAUUCAGUGGCAUGUUUUUUAACCCGUGGUGACCUCUGGAUCUCGUGGGAGGAAGGAAUGAAGGUGUUUGAGGAGCUACUGUUAGAUGCUGACUGGAGUGUCAAUGCUGGGAUGUGGAUGUGGCUUUCCUGUAGCUCGUUUUUCCAGCAGUUCUUUCACUGUUACUGCCCUGUAGGCUUUGGUAAAAGAGCAGAUCCUACUGGGGAUUUUAUCAGAACAUACUUGCCUGUUCUGAAAGGAUUUCCUGCCAAAUAUAUAUACGAGCCGUGGACAGCUCCAGAGAGUGUUCAGCGAGCAGCGAAAUGUAUCAUUGGUAAAGACUACCCCGUCCCAAUGGUAAACCAUGCCGAGGUCAGCAAACUGAACAUAGGACGCAUGAAACAGGUCUACCAGCAGCUGGCCAUGUAUGCCUCAAUAGCUUCAGUCCCUAAACAAAUCAACAUUGAGGAACCAUAUAGCAAGCACACAAAAGCAAUGCAUUCUGGGAACCAUCCUUCGCGUGUAACCAUGAUGGAUAAUACUGAGCACGGUAGUCAUGGAAACCAUUCUCAGAUGACAGGAGAGGAGAGUGAUGGCCAGAAGCAGUACUUGACAACGUAGGGGUCAACA